CUUGAGCCUAGGGAAUUGACUUGUUACUUUGCUCGAUAAUGCUGCACUCAUUACGAGCACAAGCCUCUCACAUGGGACCAGGCACUUUGCGUCUUCUAGAAGAAUUCGCACUGUCUCCUCCCAGAGCGCUUGAUCUGACUUCGCUGCUCUCGUUUGGCCGACCUGUAACCUUUCCAUUAGACCGGGGUGUGUCAGCUUUCUUACCCCCCAACAAGGUUUCUCCCACUUCAGUAAUAGCAUCUGUCCAGUUUGCUCUGGCCGAACUGCCCAGACGUCUCGCCAGAAGAGUGCGGGCCUUGGAAUCUCUUCCCUUCAUCGUUGGAACGAACCCCUACAUAGCCAACACACUAGAGGCAUAUCGUGACAGUUUUGAAUUGCUUGCCAAUCAUUCCCCUGUUAUCACUCUUGAGGACAACAAACGAUUUACAGAACAGUUGGCGAAUCUGGUUGAGCGACACGCGAAUGACAUACCUACAAUGGCAAAGGGAUUUCUUGAGAGCUCGAAAUACAUAUCACCGGCGCAAAUCACCAAUUUCUUGGACCGCGCCAUUCAAAAUCGCAUCUCCAUUCGUCUCAUUGCCGAGCAGCAUAUAGCCAUCUCUCAAGCAUUGGAGAACGUUGUGGAGAUGCAGUCCGAUCGUAUUGGUGUUGUGGACAUGAACUGUUCUCCGACACAGAUGAUCCGUAUGUGUGAAUCAUACGUUGCCGAGCUAUCCCUGGCCACGCUGGGGGCGAGUCCUUCAAUCGAGAUUGACGGUUUCCCUGAUUCGACGUUGGCAUAUGUCCCAGUCCAUUUGGAAUACAUUCUGACUGAGAUUUUAAAAAACUCAUUCCGCGCCACUGUUGAGCAUCAUCGGAACCAACGACAGUUGCCGCCUGUGCAUAUAACAUUGGUCCCACCCAGCUCAGAUGAUUUGGAUUUCUAUUGCAUCCGCAUCAGAGACGAGGGCGGAGGUGUCUCUCCCGCCAAUAUGGCCCGAAUUUUCUCGUACGCCUUUACUACAGCAAAGAGCAACGCGGAUCACGACUUGGACGGCGGAGGCGGACCCUACGCUGCACAACAUGUUGGAGGACUAGCUCAUAUUGGUGGAGGAGACAGCAAUCUGUUCAAUGAAAUCACUUCAAAAGGCCUGCAAACCGGUCUGGGCUCCAUCGCCGGUCUGGGUUAUGGCCUGCCUAUGAGUAGAUUGUAUGCCAAGUAUUUCGGAGGCUCUCUCGAUCUCAUGUCAUUGGAGGGCUGGGGCAGCGACGUGUUUCUCAAACUGCGGUGUUUGAACGAAACUACCGAGGCUACAAUAUGAUACGAUACAAGUCAGGGCCGACUGUUUAAUUGGACUUUAUGGCCAUGACUCAAGAGCCAGUCAGGUUCUAUCUCAGUUAAUAUUCGAAUU